AAGCCCACCAUGCUUUUCUAGUGUGUUUACCUAAUGUUAUGGCCAAGGAGUGUGUGUUCAGUUUUGGGGGCCACCCUCUGAUUGCUCGGCAGAAAAGUGUCCAGGUGGGACAAAUGAUCAUCACACUGGAAGUAUGCCGGAAGAAGAAACAGCUGAGUAAUGUCUGGAAGUCACGGCUUUCUUUCGGAGGGAUGGACCAGGACAACUCACAGCAACGGUCAGCAAACAGGAAUCCCACCAUGAAGCUCCUCCUCCUGUGCGCCCUGCACCUGGUUGCGGGAGAGGAAAGCUGGCGGGGGAGGCCCCGCCGGGAUGUGGCGGGGCCCCUGCACACGGGGGGCGUGCGCGACCCCUUCGGCUCGUACUGCCAGAGGCGAGGAGGCUGCUGCCCGGGAAGAGACGACCUGUGCACGGUGCCUUACCUGGACACCAUCUGCUACUGCGACCUCUUCUGCAACCGCACCGUGUCCGACUGCUGCCCCGACUUCUGGGGCCACUGUCUGGGCGUGGCCCCUCCUUUCAUUGGCUCCUGUGAGAGAAAUGGCAACAGGUUCUUCUCGGGACAAACGUACAAGGAGAACUGCAACUUGUGCACGUGCGGCACCACAGGACGCUGGGAAUGUGAGCAGAACGCAUGUCUGAUAGACGGGGACAUGAUCCAGGCUGUCAACAGAGGGAAUUAUGGGUGGAGGGCCGCGAACUACAGCCAGUUCUACGGCAUGACCCUGGACGAGGGGAUCCGAUACCGACUGGGCACACAGAGACCCUCCAGGAACAUCCUGAACAUGAAUGAGAUCCAGAUGAACAUGGAUUCCCAGGGCGAGGUCUUGCCCGUCUCUUUCAACUCGGCGGACAAGUGGCCGGGCAAGAUCCACGAGCCGCUGGACCAGGGCAACUGCGCGGCCUCCUGGGCGUUCUCCACAGCCGCUGUGGCGUCGGACAGAAUCUCCAUCCAGUCAAUGGGUCACAUGACUCCUCAGCUGUCGCCACAGAACCUCAUUUCCUGCGACACGAGGAACCAGGGCGGCUGCGCUGGCGGGCGUGUGGACGGAGCCUGGUGGUAUCUCCGCCGCAGAGGGGUGGUGACGGAGACCUGCUAUCCAUACCGGCCCCCGCAGCACACGCCGGCAGAGGUGGGCCGCUGCAUGAUGCAGAGUCGCUCGGUGGGCCGGGGCAAGAGGCAGGCCACGCAACGCUGCCCCAACGUGCACAUCUACCACAACGACAUCUACCAGUCCACGCCGCCUUAUAGGCUCUCGUCCAACGAGGAGGAGAUUAUGAAGGAGAUUAUGGACAACGGCCCCGUGCAAGCAAUCAUGGAGGUCCAUGAGGACUUCUUCGUCUACAAGUCUGGCAUCUACAGGCACACGGACGUCAGCUUGACCAAGGCACCGCAGUACCGCAAACACGGCACACACUCCGUCAGGAUAACAGGGUGGGGACAGGACACCGCCUUUGAUGGAGUGCCCAGGAAGUACUGGAUUGCUGCCAACUCCUGGGGGAAGAAUUGGGGUGAGGAGGGUUACUUCCGUAUCGCCCGCGGGGACAACGAGUGCGAGAUCGAGACCUUUGUGAUCGGCGUGUGGGGCCGUAUCGCCAUGGAGGACAUGCACCACCACCACCAUCGCCGCCGCCGCCGCCACAUUUAGACGCCAGACAGGAAGAAGGCCGCCAACCUCACAGGAGCAUCUGGACUUUGAAGGUGGGCGGAGCCACUGCAGUCUGAGGCCACUCCCACCUCGUCACGCCACAAAGAAGGAAGCGCAGCUCUGAUGAAGCCAGGUGAGGCAGCUCAGGUACCAAAGUCUUCCAAAGGUUCCAGAAAGUCCCCGUGCCACCACAGACCCUUUGGGGACCAGAGAGAACGUGACGCAAGGACACUUCCUGUACCACCAUCUUGUCACAACUACUUCCUGUUCCACCAUCUUGUCGCAACUACUUCGUGUUCCACCAUCUUGUCACAACUACUUCCUGUUCCACCAUCUUGUCACGACUAUUUCCUGUACCACCAUCUUGUCAGGACUACUUUCUGUAAAGCCACCAUUUUGUCACUACUACUUCCUGUAACGCCACCAUUUUGUCAGGACUACUUCCUGUAAAGCCACCAUCUUUUCAGGACUACUUCCUGUAACACAACCAUUUUGUCAAGACUACUUCCUGUUCCACUACCUUGUCAAAACUACUUCCUGUAAUGCCACUAUUUUGUCAGGACUACUUCCUGUACCACCACCUUGUCAGAACUACUUCCUGUAACGCCACCAUAUUGUCAGGACUACUUACCCUACCACUACCUUGUCAGAACUACUUCCUGUAACGCCACCAUUUUGUCAGGACUAUUUCUUCUACCACCAUCUUGUCAGGACUACUUCUUGUAAAACCACCAUCUUGUCAGGACUACUUCUUGUAAAGCCACCACCUUGUCAGGACUACUUCCUGUAACAUCAUCAUUUUGUCAGGAUUACUUCCUCAAACGCCACCAUCUUGUUAGAACUACUUCCCGUAAAGCCACAUUCUAGUCAGGACUACUUCCUGUACCACCAUUUUGUCAGAACUACUUCCAGUUGCACCACCAUUUUGUCAGGGCUACUUCUUGAAAUGCCCCCAUUUUGCCAAGAUUACUUCCUGAAACGCCACCAUUUUGUCAGGACUACUUCCUGAAACGCCACCAUUUUGUCAGGACUACUUCCUGAAAUGCCACCAUUUUGUCAGGACUACUUCCUGAAAUGCCCCCAUUUUGUCACGAUUACUUCCUGAAAUGCCACCAUUUUGUCAGGACUACUUCCCGUAAAGCCACCAUCUUGUCAGGACUACUUCCUGUAACGCAACCAUUUUGUCAGGACUACUUCCUGUAACGCAACCAUUUUGUCAGGACUACUUCCUGUAAUGCCACCAUUUUGUCAGGACUACUUCCUGUAAUGCCACCAUUUUGCAGGACUACUUCCUGUACCACUACCUUGUCAGAACUACUUCCUGUAACGCCACCAUAUUGUCAGGACUACUUACCCUACCACUACCUUGUCAGCACUACUUCCUGUACCACUACCUUGUCAGAACUACUUCCUGUAAUGCGACCAUUUUGUCAAGACUACUUCCUCUACCACCAUCUUGUCAAGACUACUUCUUGUAAAGCCACCAUCUUGUCAAAACUACUUCCUGUAACACUGCCCUCUUGUCAGAACUACUUCCUGUAACGCCGCCAUCUUGUCAGAACUACUUCCUGUAUAAUGUACUAUAACGUGGAAGAACAUUAAGCGCUCAUUACUUCUACCCUUUACAUGUACAUCAUAAUCCAAGCUUCAAAGUUAUGUUUUGUAUAUUUGACUAACUUUAUUUUGAUACUUUCUUCACAUGUUGCUGCUCCUGCCAGACUCCAACCAAAGAUAUUUAUCAGUCAUAAAACAAUUAAAAUAAAUAUAUAUUAGUCAUAGAAGAAAAGACACAAUACAGCACACUUUUAUUCCAACUUAUUUAUUUCUCACACUGCUGGACAAAGGAGCCACUGUAAUGUUAGCAUGUUUCACCACUUCACCAUAACAAACAUCUAAUGUACAUACAUUAUUUAUUACAUGUAUGAUAGCAUGUCUUAUAUGUACAAACCCCGUUUCCAUAUGAGUUGGGAAAUUGUGUUAGAUGUAAAUAUAAACAGAAUACAAUGAUUUGCAAAUCCUUUUCAACCCAUACUCAGUUGAAUAUGUUACAAAGACACCAUAUUUAAAGUAACAAACUUUUUUUUUGUUUGUGCAAAUAAUCAUUAACUUUAGAAUUUGAUGCCAGCAACACGUGACAAAGAAGUUGGGAAAGGGGGCAAUAAAUACUGAUAAAGUGGAACAUCCCACAGGUGUGCAGGCUAAUUGGGAACAGGUGGGUGCCAUGAUUGGGUAUAAAAACAGCUUCCCAAAAAAUAGUCAAACAGUUUAAGAACAACGUUUCUCAAAAGUGCAAUUGCAAGAAAUUUCGGGAUUUCAACAUAGGUCCAUAAUAUCAUCAAAAGGUUCAGAGAAUCUGGAGAAAUCACUCCACGUAAGCGGCAUGGCCGGAAACCAACAUUGAAUGACCGUGACCUUUGAUACCUCGGACGGUACUGUAUCAAAAACCGACAUCAAUCUCUAAAGGAUAUCACCGCAUGGGCUCAGGAACACUUCAGAAAACCACUGUCACUAAAUACAGUUUGUCGCUACAUCUGUGAGUGCAAGUUAAAGCUCUACUAUGCAAAGCGAAAGCCAUUUAUCAACAACAUCCAGAAACGCCGCCAGCUUCUCUGGGCCCGAGAUCAUCUAAGAUGGACUGAUGCAAAGUAGAAAAGUGUUCUGUGGUCUGACGAGUCCACAUUUCAAAUUGUUUUUGGAAAUAUUCGACAUCGUGUCAUCCGGACCAAAGGGGAAGCGAACCAUCCAGACUGUUAUCGACGCAAAGUUCAAAAGCCAGCAUCUGUGAUGGUAUGGGGGUGCAUUAGUGCCCAAGGCAUGGGGAACUUACACAUCUGUGAAGGCACCAUUAAUGCUGAAAGGUACAUACAGGUUUUGGAACAACAUAUGCUGCCAUCUAAGCAUCGUCUUUUUCAUGGACGCCCCUGCUUAUUUCAGCAAGACAAUGCCAAGCCACAUUCAGCACGUGUUACAACAGCGUGGCUUGGUAAAAAAAAAGUGCGGGUACUUCCCUGGCCCGCCUGCAGUCCAGACCUGUCUCCCAUGGAAAAUGUGUGGCGCAUUAUGAAGCGUAAAAUGCGACAGCGGAGACCCCGGACUGUUGAAGGACUGAAGCUCUACAUAAACCAAGAAUGGGAAAAAAUUCCACUUUCAAAACUUCAACAAUUAGUUUCCUCAGUUCCCAAACAUUUAUUUAGUGUUGUUAAAAGAAAAGGUGAUGUAACACAGUGGUGAACAUGCCCUUUCCCAACUACUUUGGCACGUGUUGCAGCCAUGAAAUUCUAAGUUAAUUAUUAUUUGCAACAACAAAAAAUAAUGUUUACGAGUUUGAACAUCAAAUAUCUUGUCUUUGUAGUGCAUUCAAUUGAAUAUGGGUUGAAAAGGAUUGAUGUAUUCUAUUUAUAUUUACAUCAAACGCAAUUUCUCAAAUGUUAGCAUUUCUUAUAUAUGUCUUGGAUACACAUUUUCAAUAGCACCCAUAGGGGGCGCCACAAACGUCAUUUUUGUCCCACUUCCCUGCCAUCAUAGACAAACAGCGUAUCGGAACAAUAGCGUGCGUGCCAAAUACUGAGCCCACUUUUAGCUCCACUUCCCCAGGCAAGUAUUUCCUCCGACAAAUAGCGAGCCCGCCUGCUUACACAAACACUAUGAUGUCAUUCAUAACCGUCUGUAACACGUUUAUAAACUGUUUAUUACCGAGUGGGAGGGGCCUCCAGCGUGGUAACCUGUUGUUACCGCUUUACUUUAAUCACACACACACACACACACUGUGAAUGACUCCGUCAUGACCUCCAGAAUGUGCUUUUACUACCUUCAGCUGGUCCUUGAACGCACCGCAAGCUCUCCUCCAUUCAUCCUAUUUAUAUGAAAGACAAAUAAAUGAUGUAUUAUAUUUUAGUGCUGACCAAUAAAAGCCUGAGAAAAGCUGA